AUCCUUGGCCGCCUUAAUGCCUAAAAGAACCGACUUAAAGUUAUUCUAGAUGGACUUAAAGUGAUUGUAGAUAGACAUCGGCUUCUUGGUACAUCUUGCGUUCUAAUUUUGCUUUCUAAUUCGCGCUUUUGGAUUUCUGUUUGUCGGUAUAUCACUUUAAGUAGACGUCGGCUUCUUGCUACAUCUUGCGUUCUAAUUUUGCUUUCUAAUUGCCGCUUUUGAAUUUCUGUUUGCCGGUAUCUUGCGAUUAUAUGUUCUUUUGUUGUUGGGUGUUUUUGUUUUUGUUUUUUUUUUUUAGUUUAGGUAUCUAUAAUUGCUGCUAUGUGCUUAUUUGAUGUCUGGAGUUUUGUCUUGCAAGCGUCCCUUAUCUAGACGUUUAGCUGGUAUUUUACCUCCUGAGAUACCGUCUUUGCCUAUUUUGCCUGCUUAUGAUGAUAUUGGUGAUUGCAAUUUUGUUUGUGUUUCGUGUUCUGCUCUGUUCUGGUUUGAUGAAAGGGUUAAGUAUUUAUCACGUCCACAGUGUCCUGCUUAUAGCCGUUGUUGUAGGUCUGGCUCUGUAGUCUUGCCGUAUUCGCUUGCACCUCCUCAGUUGUUAGCGACUCUUUAUGAUUUCCCCCCUUUUAUAAAAAAUAUUAGGGGUUAUAAUAAUAUCUUCAGUAUGACCUUUUUUGGAGGUAAAGUUGAUGAGGAUGUUAAUAAAACGGCUGGUCCUUAUGUGUUCAAGGUUUCUGGUCAGGUUUGUCAUUGGAUAGGUGCCUUUGAUAUACCUGAUGAAAAAGGACCUAGAUUUUUAUAGCUUUAUAUUGUAGAUACAGAACAUGAAUUACAAAAUAGGUUGUCUGCAGUUGAAAGGAAAGACGCUCAGUCUUUAGAUCCAAUGAUUGUUGAAACUCUUAUGGGUGUUUUCAAUAUUCAUAAUGAGUAUGUAAGGACUUUUAAGACUGCGAAAGACCUUGCUGUUGAAAACAGUUUGGUUGACUAUGCGGUUUGUUUGUUUAAUAAUGUCCCUGACCGUUUAUAUGGACCUCCAGCUCAUGGUACUUUGGGUUGUACUGUUGUUGGUGAAGACGCAAUAGGCAGUACAUACGACAUAGUUAUACAUUCCAGGAGUGGUGUUCCACGCAGGAUUAGCAAACUUCAUCCUAGCUAUAUGGCUUUGCAGUAUCCUGUCCUUUUUCCGUAUGGUGAAACAGGUUGGUCUCCGCGUUUAAAACUUCAUGAUGAGAGAAGCAGUAAGGUUAGAAAUCUUACUAUCAAUAUGUAUUAUAGUUAUCAGAUACAUGCAAGGAAUGGUGUAUGGUCUCUUUUGUUAAAUUCUUGUAGACUGUUUCAACAGUAUCUGGUGGAUACAUAUGCAUGCAUUGAAUUGUCAAGGCUUGAUUUCUGUGAACACAAUCAGAGCCAACUCAGAUCAGCGUAUGUUAGUGGCAUUUAUGAUGCACUUUCACGUGGUGAUACUGAAAGUCGUUCUGUUGGUAAGCGUGUUUUUUUGCCUCCAUCUUUUGUUGGUGGUCCAAGAUACAUGUACAGUCACUAUCAGGAUGCUCUUUCUAUCUGCCGGGAAUACGGGAAUCCACAGUACUUUAUAACUUUUACGUGCAAUGUUGGAUGGCCAGAAAUCACACGUUAUAUGAAUUCCCAUCAUCAAACUGAUGUUGGUAGUAGAGCUGAUAUAAUUUCACGGGUAUUUCAUAUGAAAGUCACUGCAUUCAUUGCAUAUCUGAAAUCUGAUAAGACUUUUGGCCCUGUUUCAGCAUAUCUGUAUACCAUUGAAUUUCAAAAGAGAGGGUUGUCUCAUUGUCAUAUACUUAUAUGGGUUGAAGACUCACAUAAGAUAAAAGAUCCUUCAAAAGUUGAUGAUUACAUUACUGCCGAGUUGCCUGAUCCUGUUUCAGAGCCACUGUUAUAUGAAAUUGUUACCAGGUGUAUGGUCCACGGACCAUGUGGUUUGCUGAAUUCUAAGGCGCCCUGUAUGAAGGAUGGAAACUGCAAGAAAAAAUUUCCUAAGUCGUUUGUCUCUACUACGUUUUUUGAUAGGGACGGCUACGCUCAUUAUAAAAGAAAUUCAAGUUCACUUCAUAUGUUGCAGAGUGGUAUACAGAUAGAUAACAGAUACAUAGUUCCGUAUAAUAAGAGGUUGUCCAUUCGUUUCAACGCACAUAUUAAUGUUGAGUAUUGCGGGUGGAAUAUGAUGAUUAAGUACCUGUUCAAGUAUGUAUCAAAGGGAAUGGAACGGGUCAGAUUUGUUGUUCAGAAAGAUACUCAAUGUGCUGAUACGUCUGUCUAUGGACAAUGUAUAGUUGUUGACGAGAUAAAAAAUUAUAUUGAUGGGCGUUUUCUCUGUCCCCAUGACGCUGCAUGGCGGAUACUUGAUUUUCCUAUUCAUGAGCGUGAUCCCCCUGUUAUUAUUCUUCCUGUCCAUUUGCCGAAUAUGCAGUCGGUAUUCUUUAAAGAAAAUACUCAAAUCAAAGAGGUAGUCGAAAAUCCCACCUUUGGUAGUAGUUUGCUGUUAGGUUGGUUUGAAAAGAAUAGAUGGGAUUCAACCGGUCGCGAACUUACAUACGCCUCUUACCCCACGAAAUAUUGGUGGGAUGACAGGGAAAAAUGUUGGAAAAGAAGAAGGCGUUCAAACUCCCGUGCACUUGGUAGACUUAUAUUUGUCCACCCAACUGGUGGAGAGUUGUUUUUCUUGAGGAUGUUGCUGUCCCACCAAAAAGGUUGUAAGUCAUAUGAAGAGCUUCGCACUGUGUCAGAUGUAAUGUACGAUGAUUUCCGUAGUGCAUGCAAUGCAUUAGGGUUGAUUGGAGAUGACAAAGAAUGGAUGGAUGCUUUUGUGCAAGCUUCUGAGUGGGCGACUUCAUCUCAGUUGCGGUCUCUUUUCUGUUAUCUUCUGCUUUUAUGUGAUGUUAAUGAUCCCAUGUGUUUGUGGGACAUUGGAUGGAGAAAAAUGAGUGAUGACUUAGUUUAUAGGAUGCGGUCAUCAAAUCCUACUAUUGAGUUGAAUAUAGAUGAUAGUCAUAUAUAGCAAUUGGUCUUAUUUGAAUUAGAUCACAUACUAAGGUCGUCUACUCCACCACGAUCUAUUUUGGACUUUCAUCUACCAAAACUAACAGAUAGCAACAUCACACUGUUAAAAAAUCGUCUCUUCCUAGAAGAAACUUCUUAUAAUAAGGUAGCUCUUAUUUCUACUCAUGACCAUAUGUUGCCACUACUGAAUAAUGCACAACUGCAGGUGUACAAUGACAUUCGCUCUGCAGAGGAAACACAACAGCAAGUGCUUAUAUUUGUUUAUGGUCAUGGAGGAACCGGCAAAACUUUCUUGUGGAAUACAUUGCUUGCUUAUUUCCGUUCAAGAGGAAAAAUAGCACUAGCUGUUGCUGCCUCAGGAAUUGCUUCUUUGCUUCUUCCAUCAGGAAGGACAGCUCAUUCCAGGUUUAAUAUUCCAAUAGACUUUUCAGAAAAAACCGCAUGCAAUAUAAGAAAACACACAAUGCUUGCUGAGUUGCUAAAGCAAACUUCUAUUAUCAUAUGGGAUGAGGCGCCAAUGAGUGACAGACGUUGUUUUGAAUGUCUAGAUCGUUCUUUAAAAGAUAUACUUGACUGUGAAGCAAAAACUUUUGGUGGUAUGUCUAUGUUGUUAGGAGGAGACUUCCGACAGACAUUGCCAGUGUCCCCCAAAUCUACACCGUCUGAGAUAGUUUCUCUGACUCUACCCAAUUCCUAUCUAUGGCCCUAUUUCAAAUUAUGUAAACUAAGUGCCAACAUGAGACUUAAGGAUUCAUCUAUGUCAUCGAAAAUAGAGUUAAAUGCAUCAGAUUUUGCGACAUGGCUGGUUCAGGUUGGAGAUGGUAGGAUUGGUAAUAUGGAUACUGUUGAUAGGAUAAAUACUAAAUGGAUUGAAAUCCCUAAGUCACUCCUUAUACCUCCAUCGGAAAACGGGUUAGAUUCCCUUAUAAAUUUUGUUUAUGGAGAUAUCUUUCAAACCAAUGUCUCAACAAGCAUGUUAUCUGGCAGGGCAAUAGUUUGUCCCAAAAACGAAACAAUACAACACAUAAAUGAUAUUGUUAUGCGUAAAAUUCCUGGGGUUUCAAAGAUUUACGAGAGUGCUGACAGCAUUGAAUUUAACGGGAAGCAGACUACAGAGGUUAAUACAUUUUAUCCAUUGGAAUAUCUUAAUGGACUUACAUUUCCAAGCAUACCUGCACAUUCACUUUUAUUAAAAAUUAACACACCUAUAAUGCUAAUUCGAAAUAUAAAUCAGAAAGAAGGUUUGUGUAAUGGUACACGAUUAAUGGUCUCACAGUUGUUAUCAAAUGUGAUUGAGGCAUCAAUUAUUACUGGAACCAGCAUUGGGAAGAAGGUUUUUCUGCCUCGUAUUAGAUUUAUUCAUAAAGCUCCUGAUAUACCUUUUACAUUCAUAAGAAAGCAAUUUCCUGUUAAUGUUUGUUAUGGUAUGACUAUUAACAAAAGUCAAGGUCAGUCUUUAACGAGAAUUGGAAUAUAUUUGCCGGAACCUGUUUUCACACACGGCCAGCUUUAUGUUGCAUUGUCACGUGCCACAUCUCCAGAAGCAGUUAAAAUACUUAUGCAUUCUGAUGAUAAAACGACAAACAACAUUACAAAAAAUGUUGUUUUCAAAGACUUCUUACAAAAAAUAAAUAACUCAGAGGUUAAACAUAUAUACAAUGUUUCUGUUUUUUUCUUGUAUCUGAUUCAUUUUAUUGUACCAUAUUACGUUAACUUUUUAGAUGUAAUAAAAAAUAAUGUUGUAUUAACUUUUUUCUUAUCUAG